AUGGGCCAGAAAAUUUCCGGCGGCAUCAAAUCCGUGGACGGACGCGGGGAAAGCGGCAGCUCCCCGUCCUACCGGCCCGCGGCUCACCGUGGGCAGCACCCGGAACUAAGAGGCCCGGAUUUCUCCAAACCCCCGAGACUGGAUCUGCUCCUGGAUAUGCCUUGCGCCACCUUGGACACGCAACUCCGUCACGCGUGGAACGCGGACGACCGCUCGCUGAACAUUUUUAUCAAAGAGGAGGAUAAGUUGACGUUUCACCGCCACCCGGUGGCUCAGAGCACGGACUGCAUACGGGGACGGGUGGGUUACACGAGAGGCCUCCACGUUUGGAGGAUUCACUGGCCCUGCCGUCAGCGCGGAACCCACGCGGUGGUCGGAGUGGCCACUUCCGAAGCCCCUUUGCACUCUGUGGGGUACACCGCCUUGGUGGGGUCGGACUGCGAGUCCUGGGGCUGGGAUCUGGGACGGAACCGCCUCUAUCACGACAGCAAGAACCGGGCCCACGGCUCGCUGCCGUCUUACCCUUCUUUCCUGGAGCCGGAGGAGGCCUUCACCCUGCCGGACUCGCUGCUGGUCAUUCUGGACAUGGACGAAGGCACGCUGAGCUUCAUGGUGGAAGGGCAGUAUUUAGGAGUGGCCUUCCGGGGAUUGAAAGGCAAGAAACUACAUCCCAUCGUCAGCGCCGUGUGGGGCCAUUGUGAGAUAUCCAUGAAGUACAUCAACGGACUCGAUCCCGAGCCACUUCCUCUGACGGACCUCUGUCGCCGCGCUGCCCGCCUGGCGUUGGGUCGAGAGCGCCUUCAGGAGAUCGAGAGCCUCCCUCUACCCGAGUCACUGAAAAAUUACCUCCAGUACCAGUAA